GUUAGGGACGUGACACGACAACCGACACGACAACCGACACGACAACCGACACGACAACCGACACAUCACGGCGGAAAGAGCGCGAGCUGCAGAGGGAAUAAACUGGAGGGAAGGACACACGCACGCACACACGCACGCACGCACACAAACACACGCACGCACGCACACACACGCACACACACGCACACGGAGAUGAUGAUGAGUCUGGACCGGUCCGGGUGUGAAGGGAAGAUCGCACCGGAGGGCGUUACUGGCUCUUUGGGGCAGCCGCCGCCGCGCGCUCAGCUUUCCGCCGUUGUGCGCGCGAGUGAGAUUCGUUCUCUUCAGCAGCAUCAGCAGCAAAACCAGCACCAUCAUCAUCUUCAUCAUCAUCUUCAUCAUCACCUCCACGCUGGCAGUGCGCGCGAGCCCGACGAGCUGCUACGGCGUGCACUGGACUUUAAGACGCAGGGAACGCAGUGCUAUCGGGACAAGAAAUACCGUGAGGCCAUCGGUAAAUACCACCGUGCGCUGCUCGAGAUGAAAGGACUGGGCCGCGCGCUCGGGUUCGGGGACGCUGACGUCAGCGCGAGAUCUCCAAGCAGGUCAGGACUAACGGAGGAGCAGCGGGGAGCUGCAGAGAGCGCGGAGCUCGAGUGCUACAACAGCUUGGCAGCGUGUCUGUUACAGAUGGAGCUGGUGAAUUAUGAGCGGGUGAAGGAGUACUGUCUCAAGGUUCUCCGGAAAGAGGGAGAGAACUUUAAAGCUCUGUACCGCUCAGGCGUGGCCUAUUAUCACCUGGGAGACUAUAGCUCCGCCCUACACUACCUGCAGGAGUCCCACAAACAGGAACCCACAGAUACCAAUGUGAUUCGCUACAUCCAGCUGACUGAGAUGAAGCUCCGCCGAAUCGCUCGAGGAAAAAAGGAUCCUGUGUAGUUCACUGAUCUGUCUCACUACCAAUGUUCUCUCUCUCUCUCUCUCUCUCUCUCUGUCUCUCUCUCUCUCUCACACACACACACACACACACACACACAGAGUCAUCAUUAAUAUCACAAACUGUGUGAUCUUUAUAACAUUAAUGUUAACAUCACUGAUCAUAGCUUCGAUUGUCUGCAUGAAAGAGUAAUGUCUGAUUACAACUCACCAUUCUUGUAGUGCACAAAGCUGACUGACAGACAGACAGACAGACAGACAGACAGACAGCCAGCCAGCCAUGAGUAAGACAGAAACAAGGAAACUGUCUCACUGUGCCGAAUCACCUCCAUGAUGCAUCACUGUUUUUCACCAAGCUUCAAACAUAAAAACAGAAGACUUGAGAUGAUGGUGAUGUCAUUUCACAAAAACGUUACACUGUUAUAUUCAGUGUAAUAAAUUGUGUGUAUUUUUGUGUUCACUGAAAUCAUUUCAUUUUCUGUGACUGCAGUUUAAGUGUCAGGACUGUUUUUAUUUUAUUUUCAGUAAUUUAAUAAACUGGUGAAACUCA